GUAUGCCGAGCCAGCAGCAGCUCCGGCUCCAGAUAAUCAGAUUACGGAGCUGAAAAACAUUCUAGCGGCAUUCAUGAGUACCACCCAGGCAACUGUCACGAGGAUGGACCAGAGCAUAGCCUCACUAGAGGCAGGUCAGAGGAACCAAGGUGCCAUUUUGCAAGAUUUACAGAACCAGAUGGGUAGCAUGGCUCGCCAAAUUAAUACCCGGGCCCCGGGAACUCUACCUGCCACUACCAUCCCCAAUCCAUGGGAGCCGCACCAGCAACUGAAUGCCAUCACCACCAGGAGUGGCAAGUCCACAUCGGCGGUACCUUCGCGGGCUAGGGAGGAAGAGCCACUGCCUGCUUCAGCACUUCCAGCCGAUGAUGUAGAAGUGAGGAUGGAGAAGGAAGCCCCUGCUCCCAAGCCACAACCAGUGGCUAAGGAGCAUGUACCCCAGCUUCCCUUCCCCACUCGACUACAUAAAGAUAAGCUGGAGACUGAGUUUGCCAAGUUCAUGGCAAUGUUGAAGUAUCUCGAUGUCAGCAUAACCUUCAUGGAGGCACUGUCGAAGAUGCCCAAGUACGCCAAGUUCAUGAAGGAUCUCCUCAGCAACAAGAAGAAACUUGGGGAUCUUUCGACAGUGAUGCUGAGCGAGGAGUGUUCUGCCAUCUUGCAGAACAAGCUGCCCGUAAAGCGCAAGGACCCAGGGAGUUUCACUAUCCCUCUUAAUAUUGGCAGCAUGCAUAUAGAGAAGUCCUUGGCGGACCUAGGCGCUAGCAUAAAUGUCAUGUCAUACAAUCUGUUUAAAAAGCUAGACCUAGGUGAACUUAGCCCUGCUAGGAUGAGCAUUCAGUUAGUUGAUCGCUCUAUUGUGCAUCCUAGGGGUAACAUAGAGGAUUUGCUUGUUAAAGUAGGCGCAUUCACAUAUCCUGUUGAUUUUGUUGUUCUGGAUAUAAAUGAGGAUGUGGAUGUGCCUUUGAUUUUAGGUAGACCAUUUCUUGCCACCGCCAAGGCACUAAUUGAUGUGCAUAGUGGUAAACUGAUCUUGCGUGCUGGGAAUGAACAUGCUACUUUUUCUGUGACUGACCUUGAUCAUUGUGAUAUGCCUGCUGUCACACCUAUGCAUGCUAUUUCUCACCAGGUCCACGAGCUUGUCCUGUACCCCCCUGUGCAUCUCAUUUUGCAGGACCCCCCUCUCACGCCUUCCCCGCCACUCCCGGCAACCUCACUUCCCAAUAAAAAGCUCAAGGAGGAGUGGCGGCCGAAGCCGCAGGUGGCUAAACCUUCUCGGAAGAAAGGUGGAGACCACUAUGAGCUGGUCCCACCUCCUGCACCACGACCACCCUGGCCAUCCGAGUACUCCCUCUCCUGCAUCUUGCCGGAUGGCCAGGUCGAACUGACCAAUGCUGGUGGUCGCACCCGUCGGGUGCAUGGCCAAAAUUUGAAGUUGUACCUCAAGAGCGAUGUGGAUCCGCUCUUGGAGGCACCUAUUCCUGCACCCCGCUGAGUAUCCACCAUGGGCGUCCAGCUAAAAGACGGUAAAGAAGCGCUUGUGGGGAGGCAACCCCACCACGGUUUUCAUUUAUUCCUUUUGUUUUGGGUCGGAUUGUAAACUGGUUUGGUUUUGGUUUGUUUUCUUUUUGUUUUGGAUGAUGUAUUAUUGGGAUAACAAUUGGACCUAACGGAUUGUGUUUGAGUUCUUCUGUUCCCUUUAGCUGUGCGUUGUCCCUGACUGGUCCCCUCUCCAGUCCUCUUCACACAGACUGGUCCGCUUCCCGUCUCAUCUAGUCCGUGCAAACCGGUAACAUCGUUCCCCUUUAUCCUUUCCUCUUCUCCAUUGAGGGCAAUGUCGAUCUUAAGUGUGGGGGGGUGUUUCUCUUUUGACUGCAUUAGAUCUGUUUGUGUGCUUGGAGCCUAGUCCACUGUCCAAAUUUUUAAAUUUGAGGGCUCCAAGUACGUGUUUCCUUGCAAAUUGUCUGCUCAGUAUGCUUUGAAUUGACAGUCUCUAUAGUAAUGUGCAACCUAGGGAGGUAGUGUAGCUCUAUGGAGGAUGUUGAAGUAUAAGAUUUUUCCUAUAUAGCUCUCUGCUGUGCCAUAUGAUUUUGUGAAUUAGUGGAGCUAGGACCGUUGAAUUCAUGUGAUAAUGGUGACUCUAUUUGGAUAGUGUUAUGGACUCGUGUAUCGAACAGGGUGCUCAUGUGAAAAAUGAAAUGCAGUUGGUCCU